UUCAGGGAGAAGAGUUGAUGACUUUAGCCGGGUUACAAUGGCAGCUCCCUUCAAAUGUUAGCAAAGCUGUCAAGACUCAUGCUUAUAAAACUCAGAUACCUCUUUGGACUAUAGCUUGAGCGACGUCUUUUUCGUGACAGCUGUCCCCAGGCCAGUAGCCAAGAUGGGACAAGUCCAUGCCCGGAGUCUUGACCCACUCCCAAUGAGCGGACCAGAUUUCAAUCCUCCAGCUCAUGAUACUGAACUAAUAGAGGUCGAACCUGAAACCAAACAGGAAAUCUUAGAGAACAAAGAUGUGGUAGUUCAACAUGUAAACAUUGAUGGGCUUGGAAGAACCAAAGAUGACUUAGUUAUGUAUGAACUAGCAGAUGUGUUCAAAGCCAAAAGCCUAAUUGAUGUAAUGAAAAAAUGUCAUGAAGCCCGGGAGAAGCUUCUUCGUUUAGGGAUUUUCAAACGAGUCGAAGUCUUGAUAGAUACGUGUGAAGGUGAGGAUGCAUUGCCUAAUGGGCUUGAUGUUACCUUUGAAGUAGCUGAACUCCGCAGACUAACAGGAAGUUACAACACUAUGGUCGGCAACAAUGAAGGAAGCAUGGUCCUUGGCCUUAAACUGCCCAACCUCUUUGGUCGUGCUGAAAAACUGACUUUCCAGUUCUCAUAUGGAACAAAAGAGACUUCAUAUGGUUUAUCCUUUUUCAAGCCACAACCUGGAUAUUUUGAAAGAAAUUUUUCUAUUAAUUUGUACAAAGUUACUGGACAGUUUCCCUGGAGCUCGCUUCGUGAGACUGACCGAGGAGUAUCUGCUGAAGUAAAUUUUCCAAUAUGGAAGACCUACCAUACUCUGAAGUGGGAGGGCGUUUGGAGAGAGCUCAGUUGCUUGGCCAGAACAGCAUCAUUCAACAUAAGAGAAGAAAGUGGGCAUUCUCUCAAAUCAUCCUUGUCACAUGCGAUGGUGAUUGACACAAGGAAUGCUGCAAUCUUGCCUAAACGAGGAGCUUUGCUGAAAAUUAACCAGGAACUGGCAGGCUACACCGGUGGAGAUGUCAGCUUUCUGAAAGAAGACUUUGAACUCCAGUUUAAUAAAGAGCUUCUCUGGGAUUCAGUACUAUCAUCUUCUCUGUGGGGUGGAAUGUUAAUACCAAUAGGAGACAAGCCUUCUUCCAUUGCUGAUAGGUUUUACCUUGGUGGACCAACAAGUGUGCGUGGUUUCAGUAUGUACAGCAUUGGGCCCCAGAGUGAAGGAGACUAUCUCGGAGGGGAAGCAUACUGGGCAGGAGGCCUGCAUUUGUACACUCCCCUACCUUUUCGACCAGGCCGAGGAGGAUUUGGAGAUCUUUUCAGAACACACUUCUUUUUAAAUGCUGGAAAUUUAUGUAACCUGAACUAUGGGGAAGGACCUAAAGCCCAUCUACAGAAGUUGGCAGAAUGUAUUCGAUGGUCAUAUGGUGCAGGAAUUGUUCUAAGACUGGGUAAUAUUGCACGGCUGGAGCUGAACUACUGUUUCCCUAUGGGAGUACAGAGUGGAGACAGGAUAUGUGAUGGAGUUCAGUUUGGUGCUGGUAUAAGGUUCCUGUAAGAAAGAAGUCACCAUAAAUUAUACCUGAUGAUAAUACAAAUAGUCACAGAAUGUUUUGCUGUAAUGAACAUCACACAUUGUCUUUCUAAAGUUGUUUAUUAAAAUAUUGUAAUAAAAUAUAA